AUGGGAAACAUUAUGUUCGAUCGAUAUGACGAAGUACAACUGGCAGUUCAAGAGAAGAAGGCAGCGUUCAAGAAAUGGCUUGGAAAAAGAGCCUUCUACUCGCGUGCGAUAUGUCGAGGCACGAAAGGCGGCAGCCAAAGCAGUGCCGUAAGACCUCCAAUUGCAAAGAGAGAUUCGAUUAAAGAAAAGGCAGUUGAGCAAAUGGAGAUGUUCAAGUUCCUCGGAAUCGUGUUUACUAGUGACGGCAAAUUUGAGGAAGAGAUCGACCGGCGAAUUGGAGUAGCCUGUGGCGUUCUGCACGAACUAGGCGGAUUCACUGUGACUAAAGCAGAGCUCAGUCUGAAAACUAAGCUUUCAGUGUUCACGUCGAUCUUUAUCCCCAUGGUUACCUGCGGUCAUGAGUGGUGGACAAUGAAUUAA